CAAUUGAUGUUGUUCGAAUUGUCAAGCUGGCAGUUGUAAAAAAAGUAAAGACCACCUCAUCUAAAUUUAUAACGAGUUUGAGAAAGUAAUAUACAAUUGUUAUUAAGUCUGGUGGAACCAUUAACAUUAUUUUAAAAUGGAAAUAACAUAUUUUGGACUUAUAUUUGUAACUUUUCUGGUAUCUUCGAACUGUAUUAUGUGGAAUUUAGAGCCCAAUACAAGAAAGUGUUUACGAGAGGAACUUCAACAAAAUAUCCCUGUAAUAGGAGAAUUUGAAGUGUCUGAGGCGCCUGGACAAACGGUGGAUUAUGUUGUAACAGAUUCUAAAGGCGAAAUAUUGGCAAAGAGACAAGCAAUUUCAAAAGGAAAGUUCUCAUUUAAUACCGAAAGCUUUGAUACUUAUGAAAUUUGCUUCAUAUCACAAGUUCCACAACAUAUCAGAGGUGUUUCACAAGAAGUUUCAUUGAUUACAAAGCAUGGAAUAGAAACAAAAAAUUAUGAAGCAUAUGGGGAGGCUGCUCAAUUAAAACCAAUUGAGAGGGAGUUGAAAAAGUUAGAAGAUCUCUCUGAAUCAAUAGUACAAGAUUUUGCCAUCAUGAGGAAAAGGGAAGAAGAGAUGAGAGAUACAAAUGAAUCCACUAACAGCCGGGUGUUAUACUUCUCCAUAUUUUCAUUGUGCUGUCUGUUAGGUCUGGCUACUUGGCAAGUUUUGUACUUGAGAACAUAUUUCAAAGCAAAGAAACUCAUUGAAUAAUUCGAAAUUGAGAAAAUUGUGCAAAAUUUUUAUUUUUGUAAUAAAACAUUUCUGUAAAAAUAUUCAGACAAUUGUAUUGUGCUAUUUAUACGUGUACAUCUUGAUCUGUUUGUAUGAAAGAAGUUGUUAAUAAAAUUUGAGAAAAGA